UUUUGUGCAAUCAUUCAUGGGUGUGAAUGAUUAUUAUUAUAUUUUAUUUUUCCAAUUUUCUUUUUCCUUUACAAAUAUAUUAAAAUAAAAUAAAAUAAAAUAAAAUAAAAUAAAAUAAAAUAAAAUAAAAUAAAAUAAAAUUACAAAAGUUAGUCAAAUUUGAACAUCAAUUUAUUUAGCCUCUCUCUCCUACUUUGAAAUCAUCUAAAAAUAUGCGAUGGCUAUACACCAAAGCAAGAAACUCAAGAAUCUCACACACGCUCUCAAAGACAAAGCUUCCAUAAUCAAAGCCAAUUUCUCCAUUAACCGCCGUUCGUCUUCCAUCAAAGUCGCCGUCGUCCGUGCUACCACGCACGGCGCUCGAAACCCACCUUCCGAUGCCCGAGUCGCUGCCGUGCUAGCCCUUGGGAAUGACUUCCGUUCCUCCACUGCAUUCGCCUGCAUCGAAGCGCUAAUGAACCGGCUUCAUACGACCUCGAGCGCCGCCGUGGCCAUGAAAUCGCUUUUCACUCUCCAUAUAAUUGUUAUUCGAGGUCCGUUCAAUCUGAGGGAUCAGGUGUCGUUUUUCCCCAGUUACGGUGGGCGGAAUUUUCUCAACUUGUCCGCGUUUCGCGACGUAUCGGACUCGGAGAUGAACGACUUGUCGUCAUGGGUAAGAUGGUAUGCAGGGGUCGUGGAGCAUAACGUGAUUGUGGACAGGAAAUUGGAUCGGAUUCUGUAUUUUCGUUCGAGAAAUUGCGAAAUUGACGAAGGUGGGAGGAAGUGGAAGGUUGAUUUAGCGGAGGAGUUGGUGGUUCUUGUGGGUUUUGUGGAACGAAUUUGCGAAGUUCCGGAAUCGCUGCAUCUUCAGAAGAAGGAUUUGGUUUACGAGGUCGUGAGAUUGGUUCUUGAGAAUUACAGAUUGGUUCAGAGGGAGAUUUGGGUACGAGUUAAAGAAAUCGGAGAGAGAGUUGAGAGAUUGAGUGUGGACGAGUUGAGUGAGUUGGUAGGUAUUUUGAUACGGUUGGAAAACUGCAGAUGGAAAGUGAGUGUGUUGUUUGUGAACAGAGGGAAGAACGAGGAAUUUUGGGAAUUGGUGAAAAUUACGAAAGGGAAAGUGGCGGAGAAGAAGCGGUUGAAAGAGGAGAAGAGGAUGGUAAUGGUGGUGGACUCGGUCGAGUCGACUCGGUUAUGGAAUCCGUUUGUUGAACCGGGUCAAUUGGUGUGGGUCCCAGGGGGGGAUGGACCCAUGGGCCCGGCUCUGCUUCCACUGACCGUUUCAACGGAGAGGUUUGUGCAUAUGUGAAAAUGAAGAAGGGGAUGUUUUAUCCGAUUUUAAUCUUAGAGGUUAAUGAUUAUUAGAUCAUUUUGUA